AUGUGCUUGAUGAGCUCGGCUGCUCAUCACCUCUCCUCUCUGAGUUCUCCACAGGCGGUGGAAAAGAAGUGGAGUGAGAGCCUCAAGGGCAUGGCCAUGCGCCCUCCAUACGCCUUCGGCUGCAUCCUUCGCUUUCUCCUCAAGCCGCAGCCAGAUGUGAUCGCAAAGGCGGAAGCCAUGUACCACCGCCUCUUGUCCACCCCCGCCCCCUCCUCCCUGCUCCGCCAACCUCACUCUCCAACCGCUGCCCACUCCGGUGCCUCUGGUGGCUCCUCGGGCCACAGGGUGGCGGUGGUGGGGGUGCACCUGAGAGCGAACGACACGUUUGUGUGGGAGGGCAAGGAGGGGUUUGGGGAGCCCAAGGUGCUGAGCGACGGGGAGAGGGGCGUGCUGAUGGCGUGGGCUCACAGCUACAUGGCGUGCGCUGAGAAGCUGGAGUUCUGGUGGAUGCCCCCUCCCACCAGCGUUAGAUGGCUUGUCAUCAGCAACUCACGGCAACUCAAGGACGAUCUCAAGCUCAAAUACCCCCACAAG